CACAUUAUCUCAAUUCCCUUAUAUUUACCACCACCACCAUUCCCAAAUAUCAAAACCCUAAUCUUCGAAGUAAUCGUCUCUUCCCGAACCCUAGUUUCUCCGAGUUUCAGGAACAAUGAGUAGUCGUGCGAGUAGAACUCUUUAUGUUGGCAAUCUCCCUGGUGACAUUCGAGAGAGAGAAGUAGAAGACCUGUUUUAUAAGUAUGGGCCUAUAGCUCACAUUGAUCUGAAAAUCCCCCCUAGACCCCCUGGCUAUGCAUUUGUUGAGUUUGAAGAGUCUCGUGAUGCUGAAGAUGCCAUUCGAGGUCGUGAUGGUUAUGAUUUUGAUGGGCACCGAUUGCGGGUGGAACUGGCACAUGGUGGGCGUGGACAUUCAUCAUCAAUAGAUCGGCAUAGUCAUAGCAGUGGUCGAGGUGGCCGGGGUGGAGCAUCCAGGCGCUCUGAAUACCGUGUGUUAGUCACUGGAUUACCCUCUUCUGCUUCAUGGCAAGACUUAAAGGAUCACAUGCGCCGUGCAGGGGAUGUUUGUUUCUCUCAAGUUUUUCAUGAUGGUGGUGGUACAGUGGGGAUUGUGGAUUACACAAACUACGAUGACAUGAAAUUUGCAAUCAGGAAACUUGAUGAUUCUGAGUUUCGAAAUGCAUUUAGUCGGGCAUAUGUUCGAGUGAAGGAAUAUGAUUCGAGCCGGAGCUUUUCUAGGAGUCGCAGUCGAUCCUACUCAAGGGGCAAGAGCGCUAGUCGCAGCCGCAGCCGCAGCCGAAGCUAUAGUCGCAGCAGGAGCCAGAGCAAGUCUCCAAAGGCCAAAUCCUCCCGUCGAUCACGUUCUAGGUCUGUUUCUUCACGUUCUCACUCUGGGUCAAAGCCACGCUCUUUGUCAGGAUCUCGAUCAAGAUCCAGAUCUCCAUUACCCACUCGUCAGAAACGAGCUAGCAAAAGCCCAAAGAAGCAUAGUCCCAGCAAGAGCCCGAGCAGAAGCCGCAGCAGAAGCCCAAGCAAAAGCCUUUCCCGGUGAGAUUUAAUUGUGCCUAAUGUGUUGACUCCAGAAGCUGCCAAUGAGGGAGGGGGUUUACUUUGCCUGAUAAGUUCGUGGUGGAGCAGUGGACCAUCUAUCAAUCAAGUCCAUAAUCAGACUCUUAUGGAGCAUUUUGAACAGAAGAUGUGUGUUAAAACAUUGGUUUUUAGAUGCAUGUUUGAACUAGGACUUAGUUUGGUACUUACUAAAUCUGCUGCAUGUUGUUAUAUACAUGUCUUUGCCAGAUCUGCAAAGGCCUCCUUGCGUUUCCAGUUGUUUUGACGUUAAUUAUUUAUCCAUCUAGCUUAAUAUUUUUUGGUCA